CUCUUAUUGGAUUCUUCUCUCACUGAUAUACCUCUUUGAGUAUCCUUUCCUCAAGCUUCUUCAAUGGUUUCAGUAUUGGCAUUACAUGAAGCUAAUCAUGGUCGCCUUCCUUGUGAUUCCGGAUUUUGGAAGAUCUGCUUAUGUCUAUAAUCACUUCAUUCAAUCAUGCAUCCACAUGAAUCCUCAAGCAGUCAUAAGCAGAUUCAGGAACUGGAAGAACAUAUUUGUCAAGAAAGAAGACUUUACAAUGCAGGCUGAGAAGUAUAUAACACAGAAUGGAAUUGAAGUCUUAGAGGAACUCAUUGCUAGCAAGAUCAUAGAGAAAAGUCUUAAUUCAGAAACAAGAACAUCAGUUCCAACUACGGAGAAGAAUGAGAUCCUGGAGACAAAUAGAGGAAGGCUUCUCAUGGAACAGAAAGACGCCAAAGAUUUGGAGAUGAUUGAAAAAAAGCAAGUUCCUGAAGGCAAGCAAGUUAAUACAGCCAUGGACAGAUUCAAAUCAAAUGAAAGCACUUCACCUGCCAUGGCGAAAACCGAAAAAAUGGCAGCAGACACAGAACACGGAACAUAUCCUCAGAUUUCUGCAUCUGAGAAUGUACAGAAAGAAUGGACUUGUGCCAUAUGCCAGCUGACAAUGCCUUCUGAAGCUAAUUUGAAUUCCCACCUGCAAGGAAGAAAGCAUAAGGCUGCUUGUGAAGCACUGAAUACAAAAACUAAAGGAACGCCGGUGACAGACACAGGAAGGGGAGCAUCUUCUGAGGUUUCUGCAUCUAAGGACGUACAGAUAAUGUGGACUUGUAAAAUAUGUCAAUUGAAAAUACUUUCUGAGGUUGAUUUGAAUUCCCACUUGCAAGGAAGAAAGCAUAAGGCUGCUUGUGAAGCACUGAACGGGAAAACUAAAGGAACCGAAGUGACAGACACAGGAAGUGGAGCAUCUUCUCAGGUUUCUGCAUCUAAAGAUGUACAGAAAAUGUGGACUUGUAAAAUAUGUCAAUUGAAAAUAUGUUCUGAAGGUAGUUUGAAUUCCCACCUGAAAGGAAAGAAGCAUAAGGCUGCUUGUGAAGCACUGAACGCAAAAAGCCAGCUUGUUGCUGAGAAAGUUCCCGGUGAGAAAGAAUGA